CAAUCCCCGCAUCAUCCGUGGGCAUCGCUCCUCUCAUGCGAAGUUGAAGGAGUGUUUAACCCCAAAAGUCAGCGUUCGUUCCCCCCCCCCGCCCCACCGCCAGCUAUAAGAACGCAACACAGCCACCACGACCAUCAUCAUCAUCAUCCAUCCCCUCCACUCCAGGACAGCCACCCAACCCAUAGCUUCAGGCCGCGAGGAAGAACUCGAGUGGGCCGCUCAGCGAGGAGGAGGAGGAGGUUACCGGAGCGGGCAUGAUUACGAUGGUGUGGGUGGCGGGCUGGCUGGCCCUUCUCAUGGCUCACCAUGCUGUGGACGCGAACUCCUACUUCAACCGUCUGCUGUUGCACAGUCGCAUCCGCGGUCGCUCCGAGGGGCCCAACAUGUGCGCCGUGCAGGAGAUGGAGGGCACGGAGAAGCGAUACUUCUCCUCCUGCAAGACCUGGUACCGCAAGAAGAUCUGCAACGUGCCCACGAUGGUGAAGUUUGAAUGCUGCCCCGGAUACAUGAAGGUGGAAGGCGAGAGAGGCUGCCCUGCCAUCGCGCCUCUCACCAACAUCUUCAGCACGCUGGAGGCGCUGGAGGCGAACACGACGCGCGACUACAUCACCCGCGCCGGCCUGCGGGAAGAGCUCGAGACGCCCAAGGCCGUGACGAUGUUCGCUCCCAGCGACGCCGCGUGGGCUCAGCUCGAUGACGCGACUCGCAACGCGCUGACCGGGAGCAAGCUGAAGGACGCCCUGCGGCACCACAUGGUGGACAGGCGCCUGCUUCUGAGCGACAUGCGACAAGGCGCCACCCUGCGCUCGCAGAACGCCGGCGGCACCAUCAACGUCCAGCACUACGUCAACGGGAUCGUGACGGUGAACUGCGCCCGGGUGCUGCGCCCCAACUACCUGGCCACCAACGGCGUGGUUCACCUGGUGGACCGCGUGAUCGCGCCGCUCACGCGCAGCGUCCGCGACAUCCUCGAGACAACGGAGAGCCUGGGCACUCUGAAGGCCGCGGCGACAGCGGCGGACCUCAUGGAGGAGCUGGAGCGGAAGGGUUCCUUCACGUUGCUGGCGCCCACCAACGAGGCCUUCGAGAGGCUCCCCAAGGACGUCCUCACGCGCAUCCUGGGGGACCCCGAGGCCCUGAAGGCUGUGAUCAACAACCACAUCUUGGACUCGGUGCAGUGCUCGGAGGCCGUGCUGGGCAACAGCGUGGUGGACUCGCGCGAGGGCAGCCUCACGACGCUCGGCUGCGAGGGCGGCGAGUUCCGCAUCAACGGCCUGAGCAGCGUGGCCCAGCGGGACCUGGCCGCCACCAACGGCGUGGUGCACACCAUCGGCGAUGUGCUCAUCCCCGACUCCGCCAAGACGGUGAUGGAGCUGGCCGACUCGGCGGGAGUCACCAACUUCGUGGACAUGUUUGCCGAGGCGGGCCUCAUGAAGAGCCUGAAGCCCGGGGCCGACUACACGCUGCUGGCGCCCACCAACGAGGCGACGGACGGUCACGCCAUGAGCUCCCUGCCCAUGGAGCUUCCCGAGCUGCUGCUCAACCACAUCAUCAAGGGGCAGGUGUCCCCCUUCCAGCUCUACAAUGGGCAGGUGCUGGAGACCUUGGGCGGCCGUAAAGUUCGCGUCUUCGUCUAUCGCACGGCCAUCUGCGUGGAGAACUCGUGCAUCGCCUCCGUGGGCAAGGACGGCCGCAACGGGCUGGUCCACGUCAUGUCCAAGAUCCUCAUGGUCCCCGACAAGAGCACGUGGCAGACGCUGCAGGAAGACGCUGACCUCAGCAUCCUGGUGGAGCUGAUCAAGCGAGCGGACAUGGGGGACCUGUUCAGUAAGCCCGGCGAGUACACCAUCUUCGCCCCCACCAACAAGGCCUUCGCCGCUGUGCCCCAGCGGCACCUCGACCGGAUGAAAGCGUCGCCCACGGAGGCGGAGGCCUUUGUGGAUGCGCACGUUCUCGACAAGGUGCUGGUGAGCGGCGGCGUCGUGCGCGGAGUCAACAACCAGCAGACCUCCCUGCUGGGACUCAAGCUCGACAUCAACCAGAAAAACGGAGAGGUCUUCGUCGACGGGCAGAAGAUCCUCGACGCCGACAAGAUGACAACCAACGGGGUCGUUCACAAGCUGGACGUGCUGCUGCCCUCCGGAGCCGCCGUGCUCAGUGGAAGCGAGCCGCUGCCUGCUGCUUGGAAGCCAACGCCUCCCAGGCCCGGGAAACACAAGAAGCCUGCACCACCCAAACUGGAGGCCAAGGAGGACGGAUCCGCUGUGAUCGAGACCGAGGGCGACAUCACGGAGGCCAUCAUCGACCAGAUAAUACGGGGCGGCUUCAGGAGGCUGACCAUCCGCCGGAUCGUCACCAACGCCGACGGCUCCACGUCCAUCGACGUCUACCCCCUCGAGGGCGACGACCUCGACGCCAAGCUCCGUCGCAUCAUGCUCGAAGGCUGGGAGAUCAUCGCGACCGUCGUCAAGAAGGAGGUGCCGAGGUUCCCUUCCCAAGUGGUGACUGAGGGCGAUCGGCUCGUCAUCAGCGCUGACAGCGAGCUCCCCAGCGACAUCCUCAGCACCAUCCGAUCGAGUGGCAUCACCAAGAUCACGGUGCGCAAGUUGGUCAUCAACCCGGACGGCACGCAGAGCACGCAGGUGUUUAACCUGGAGGGCGGCAACCUGGAGGAGCAGAUCCGCCGCCUCAUGGAGGACGGCUGGGAGAUGUUCCUGAGGAUCGUGAAGGUGAAGCCCAGGAUCGUGACCAUCCGCGUGAUCACCGUGGGCGACCGCAUGAUCAUCGAGGGCGACGGCUACAUCACCGACGACAUCCUGAAAGAGGUCAACACGGGAGAUUACCGGACUGUGACGGUCCGCAAGACGGUGACGAACGCCGACGGCAGUGCGGAGGUGCAGACGUUCACUCUGGACGGGGACGACAUCGAGGAGCAACUCCGGCGACUCAUGGAGCAAGGCUGGGAUGCGUUCACGCGCGUCGUGCGGCUCGGGACGACGCGGAUGCGGCCCACGGGCGAUGCCGUGGUCAUCGAAGGUGACGGAGACAUCACCGACGACCUGCUGAAGCUCAUCCUCAACGGCGGCUACACGACCGUGACGAUCCUCCAGACCGUCAUCGGGCCCGACGGGAGCGUCGACACGCGGACCUUCGUCCUGGAAGGCGACGACAUCGAGAAUCAACUCCAGCGCAUCAUCAUCGACGGCUGGAACGUGCUGACGGAGAAGAAGGCCUCUGGAACCUUCUCGCUGGACGGAGACGGAAUCUCAGAGGAGCUGCUCCGGCAGAUCCGUGCCGGCGCGUUCAGCAAGGUGACCCUGCGCAAGACGAUUGUGGAUGCGGACGGGAGCCGCAGCGUGAAGACCUUCAACCUGGAGGGGGACGACCUGGAGGGCCAGAUCAGGCGGCUCGUCAGCGAAGGGGGCAUCCUGCACACGUCGGUGAGGAAGACGGUGACGCAGCCUGACGGCACAACGAGCGUGGAGACGUUCAACGUCGACGGCAAGGACUUUGACGUCGAGGAGCAGAUCCGGCGCAUCACGGCAAGCGAAACCAUCGGGAGCCGGAAGAAGCCGCCGGCAGCACGCAAGCCGCCCAAGGCCAAGAAACCCAAGAAGAACAACAAGAGGAAUGUGGAUACCAGGAAGCCUGUUACCAAGGUCGUCAAAGCCAAGCCCAGGAGACAGCCUUAAGCCAACGCCAGCCAGAAGAAAGCUACAAGACCGAUGAUGCCAUUACCUUUCUCAAAGCUUUUGGGCAACGCUCUCUUUGAAUUCUCCCCAUUCAACGCUCUCUCUCUCUCUCUGUCUCUCUCCCCCGCCCUCCCCGCGCUCCAGAUGAUUAACUUACCACAGCAGCAAUAGUGCACCACACCGGAAUGCAAAUGAGCGGUUGCCGGAGUAGCUUAGGGACUACCCCCGCAUCGAUUUUUUUUUUCAAUUUACGGCCCUAUUGUUUGUUUGUUCCAAGGCGUGCUGGACAAGGGGUUUAUGGGGCCGUGCCGAAGGAGCGGCAUAAAGCAUCGAAGAGCCACUGCGGGACCCAUUCUCCGUCCACGUGGCCUCGCCAGCCAAGGACAAACAACCUGCAUCGGCCCCUAACCCCGCGCGGUCGCACCAUUCCGACGGAGGAGAAAAACCGCAGCCCCGCGGAUAUUCUACACACCCACACCCACCAAUUAUAAAUUCCGCGUCGAAAUCGUUCGGAUAAAUCAUUCGCCCCGAAAGCCGCUGACCUAACCCAAUCCGUGGGUUGUAUCUCGGGGGUGGGGGGAGCGGGAUGGGGCGGGCGGAGGGGACGGACGGCCCGAGGGGUGGUUUUCGUUUGUCGCGGUGCCGGGGAGCCCGCGGCUGCGACCCGCGGAAGGAUGCCACUGCACCGCGUCCGCCCGCGUCCGGCGGGCAUCUUUCUCCGUCAAGGCCCCCCACCCACCCCCCCCCCCCCCCCCCACCAACCUCCACCCGCUCGUUAUUUGUCCUCCUCCGAUGACGGAAGCCGUUCGGUCUCGACGCUCGGCGGGGGGAAAUUAAAAGAAAGUGUUGCCACUUCA